AUGACAGCCUUGCCGUCAGAAGUAGAGAAGAAUGUUUGGGAGACUAUUAAUGAUUUUAGCGAACAGUUAAACGCUACGUUCAAAUCUAAUAAAAUAGUCCAAGAUUAUGCCCUAUUAAGCGGAUUUUUAAGCUUUGUUCAUUCCAAAUUAAGUCGGUUAAUUACAGAAAUAUUGGAUAAACAACAAAGGAUUUUUCAAAAUCAAGAGAAAGAUGCUGGUGAUAUGGAAAUCGAUGAUAAAAGUAUUCCCUUGAUACUAAGAUUGUAUUGGGAAAAAAUUGCAUACCCAAUUUUCAAAUGGUUUCAAAUAUGGAGGAAAAUGCUUUUGCCCAAAACCCCAAAGGAACAGCCAAGAUACGUGGAAUUCAGAAGAAUGAACACUAAAUUGACCAAAUUUUUUAAGAGUGUUCACAAGUUUUACUAUAACGUUAUGGAAACUUUACUAAGCAAAUACGACAUGUCCGAGGUGAUUCCAAAGGAGAUUUUGCAGGAUGUUUGCAAUGAUACUAAACUUCAAGAAGGAAAUGAGCUUUUAAAAUUGAGUGCUAAUGGUCGAUUUACAGUUUUAACUGUGGUUACUUUAAACUGUUGUCUACUAUAUUUGGGAACAGCUCAAAGAUACAAAUCUUUGGGUGAAAAAUUGUCAAACAAAUAUUCAUCUCAAGAUUUCAAGAAAUCCUUUAGAUACCUUGAUUUGGCUUCAUUGAUUUUACCUUCCAUUGGUGAAGCUCAUCUGCAAAAGGGUAUGAUUAACAUUCAAACUGAUAAUUUGGGUAAUGCUAUUUAUGAAUUUACAAGAAGUGCAUUAUCAAGAAUUCCUAGCCCUGCAGGUCUUACGAAUUUUGCUACUAUAAUUUGUGAAAAGGAUAGUAAUUUGCGUCAAAGGUUUGAUUCUGUACUUAAGGAAACACACUUACAAGAAAUGGAGGGCACUAAGAUCAUUAAUAGAGAAAUCAUUGAAUUUUACUUCCUUGCUCUAUUUGGUGCUCAUUUUGCACCAAAUGCUUGGCUCAAUCCAAAUGAUAAGAGAUGUUUACUUGAUGGUAUGGGCACUGAUCAUUUAAAGGAAGUUAUGCUCCAUAGGAUCCGAACAAGAUAUUUGAAAAAUGUGGAAACAAUUUUCCAUUCCUUAGUGACCGUCAUUGGUGGAUUUGAUCUUUUACUCAUUAUCCGUAAUGGACCUAAGAAGACUCCUUUCGAUAUCAAAAGCAUCAAUCUGAAAGACUUGGAUGAAACUUGUCUUUCUUAUUUGAAAUUUGCGUUUGAUUUCAUCACACAGGUAUUUAACACCGUGAUAAAAGAUUGUUGGCAGAAAAAUUUGGAAAAUUAUCAGUACCUUGCCAUGGUACGUAUUGUGGAAUGUUGGAUUAAAUCUAAUCGUGCCGUUCUUCAAUUCUCACAUCGUGAUGAAGGAUUUUGUAAGUCUUUAUUACAAUUGUUGAACGAUAUUGGUAAAAGUAAACUUGUGAAAGUAUCGCCUACUGCCAAUCACAGACCAAAGAGGAAAUAUUUCUUUCCAGAGGACGUUGAUUUUAAAGAGUUUUCAUGUGUCAAAUAUGCUUUGACUGAUUUCAACGACGAAGAAAUUUACAUGAGUAAAGACGUACCAUGUAGAUUGCUGAACAUGCCACCAGCUGAGGAUAAACUUUCAGCUGAAGAUGAAGGUAAGUUGAGAUUAAAUGCGAUUGUUGCAGCUGGUGUCAAAUUUUUAGCAAAAAACAGUUGCGGUGUGGAAUGGAAUGCUCAGAAUAAGAUGUACGAAUUCCAUCCUAAGAUUAAGAAACCAACUACGGAAAAAAUUGGAUUCUCAACAAUCAAAAGACAGUCGUUUUCACCAACAGCUAAUCGUCUAAAUCAAAUUCCCAUGGUAUCCAAGACUGUAUCCGUAUCAGAAUUGGAAGAGCAACUGGCUGAAAGAACCAAACAAAAUAUUAGUAAUGUUGAUGUUAACGGCAUGAGCAACAAUAUUAUUAUUAACAAGAGUGGUAAUAAAUGGGGGUACAGUGGAUCUUCAGCUCCCAUGGCCCCCACAUCUUUGUCUACCAAGCCCAGCUCUACAUUAACGAAUGCAGCAUCGGCACAGAAUUUUACCGGUGAGCAUACUGAUUUUCCUAAUAUGUUUGCACAACAACCACCACCACCAGCUUCAGCUUCAUCUAAUUCAUCUUCGGUAGCAUCAUCUGUUCAUACACCUAGUUUACCAAUGGUAACGCCAACCUAUCCCUACCAGAUGUACCCGGGAGGUAUGGCGGCUACCACACUUGCACCAUUGGAACAGCAGCAACAACAACAACAACAACAACAACAACAGUAUUUCUUCCCUCAAUAUCCAUUUAUGUCAGCGCCACCUCCACCGGCACAAAUCGGAUUCCCACAGAUGCAAGCACCUGCGCCAUAUGUACAGCGCCAAGAUCCCACGUUCUUCAGUGGUAACCCGGCAUUUUCAACAAUGAAUCAACAAGGUAUGUAUUUUGGGCAGAGAUCAUUCCCUUACGGGCCACAGAACAGUGGUGGUAGCGAUGGGUAUACUAUAUUCUAA